AUGAAACAACACGAGAGGAUCCUCGACAUACAGCUGUGCGCCUGCUCUCUGCUGCUGCGCCUCCUGGGCCAAGCUGUUGUUGUGGACAAGGCCCUCUUGGAGAAGAUUCCGGCCCUCACCGUCCUGGUGCUGACCGCCCACCCCACGGAUGCAGAAGUGGCUGAAGCUGGCUGUGGGGUCUUCUGGCUGCUGUCAUUGCUGGGUUGCAUAAAGGAGGACGAGCUGGAACAGGUGGUGGCACUGUUCCUGCAAAGCAUCCGGCUGUGCCAGGACAGAGUCCUGCUGGUGAACAAUGCCUACCGGGGGCUGGCCAGCCUCGCGAAGGCCUCAGAGCUGGCGGCAUUCCAGAUGGUGGUGCCAGGGGAGGGCAGCAGCGGCCUGGCCCUCAUCAAGGAGACCUACCAGCUCUACAGGGACGACCCUGAGGUGGUGGAGAACUUGUGCCUGCUGCUGGCCUACCUCUCAUCCUACAAGGAGAUCCUGCCGGAGCUGGAGUCCAGUGGUAUCAAUGCCCUGGUCUGGGAGAUGAAGAGGCGCUUCACCUCUAGCCUGGUGAGUGGCAAGGCCCUCAGUAAAGCAGGCCCCUCACCAGGCCAAAGUCCUCAGACCCGGAACACUGAGUCUGGGGGCCUGGAAUAAAGAACUGAUCUUGACCUCAACCCACAUAGUUUUUAAUGACUAUUUUCCUGCCUGCCUAUUAUUACUCCAUCAAUAGCUGGGCCAAAAGUCAAUCUUAAAGAGGAGAAAUAAUCGGAGAAAUAAUGAAAGAAAGUUUCCUGUCCACGACCAAUGAAUUAAGUCACAAAUAAUUGCUUACUGGACCCCAACACUGUCCAUGAAAAUAACUUCCUGCUUGUUUCCUCCUUCCAGGAGCUGGUUUCUUAUGCAGAAAAAGUGCUCCUGAGGCUGGAGGGGGAGCUGCUUGGCACUGACACUGGGGAGGACACAGACACCCCAAAAGCCUCUCCGCUCCAUGUGUGCCCCCCACCCUGGCCCUGAAGUGAUUGCCCUUCCCUUCCUUGAGCCACAGCCGGAGCUGCCCUGUGAGCGGAGGCAAUCUUUUCCUGGAGGGUGGGGGGCUAUGAAUGGUCACCCAGGAGCAGUAUGUGUAUCACACACUCAGUUUAGGUGACUAAAGAGGCCCAAAGCCAGUUCCUGGUGUGUCCGAGUUGCCCUGGUGUAGGCUGUGAUUGACUGGCAGUGGUACUGAACAUGGCUGUCUUUACACACACCGUGUCCCUGGCUGGGCCGCGUGGCAGCAGAGUGGACACAGCAGUCCUUUCAGACUGUUCUAAAUAAGGGAGGGGACGGAUCCUCCACAGCAGUACUUACAGUGAACACCUGUGUUUACAUUCAGCAACACCUGCAGGGCCUUGCACCUUCUCUGUACAGCCAGUAUGACUGGCGGCUCCUGAUUCUGGUUCCCAGAAAGAUCCUCAAACCCGGGCCCAGCCAGAAAAGCUGCAGCCUGGCCCUUGAGCACCCACACAGCUUUCCCAGGCCAAACAGCACAAGGCUAGCACGUGUCUGAGACAAGGUUAGGCGCUCACCACCAGGGACAGCAGGGGCCACUGUGCCCUGGCCACCCCUGGACCAAUUUAGACAGACAGGAGUGAGAAAGAAACACCUACCCUCACAAAGUCCCUCUCAAAGUCCAAAUGCCACAGGGAACUCCCCAUGCAGCAACUGCCGUGCUGCCAGCUGUGUCUGGACAGCUGGAUGCAGACACCCGGUCUGGGCCCUGAGCCUGACAGGGCUUGCUCCAUCACCCGAGACAACAGGGAAGAAGUGGUCACCUGAGAGGAGGCUGCUGAGCACCCAGGCUGCUUUCUGCUCUAGGGACCCCAGGUGACUCCCACCAAAUCCCAUUGUCAGGUUGGCAGCGACAGCCCAGAUGUCGUGUCCUCACUCUGGUGGUUAGUAGACGGCAGUCGCCAGGCACGCCCACAGAGUUCCUGGCAUCUUCCCCUGCCAUGGCCCUGCCCACCCUGUCCCCAAACAUAUACGUAUAGUAAG